CAUAGAAGAAAACCAUACAACGCGCAAGCGAGAGAGAAGAAAGAAAAAAACCCGAGCGACAGAUAGCCAACGAAUCCACAGCCAGAGAUGGCGGCGGUUUACGUUGACGAGGAGGAGGUCUGGAAAUGCCCUAAACACCCUUCCAAGCGCCGCAAGAGUGGAAUCUGCCCCGUCUGCCUCCGCGAGCGCCUCGUCGUUCUCUGCCCCGACUGCGCUAACGUCCGCCCCUGCGGUUGCUGCGCCACGACGUCGUCUUCCUCGUCUUCUUCUUCUUCCUCUCGCUUCCCCGCCGGCGACGGCGUCCGAGUCUCCAAGAUUCUCGAGAGCGAGCCGUCUUUCCGGCGGUCCCGGUCGGUUGCGGUCCCUUUUCUGCGCUCCACCUCGAAGUUUCUCGGCGGCGCUUUUAGACACGCGGACUUUGACUCCGCCGGCGACAGGAGCGAGCCCCAGAGCGGCGGACGGACUAAAACACCGUCGUUUUGGUCGUCGGUAUUCCGGUCGUCUCACAGGAGCAAGACAAGCGAGGUUAAUGAUGGAGAGCACGAGACGACGGCGGAGAAGAAAGCCGAGGGCGAAAUCCAAGAGGAGGAAGAAGACGCAGAUGCUGCGAUGAGAAAGAAGAUGAUGAGAAAAUCGAGGUCGGUGGCCGUGCCGAUGAUGUCUUCAAAAGCUGGUAGCGUUGGAGGUGAGAGACCGCCGGCGAAAGGUAGGGGAUGGCAUUUCCCGAGCCCGAUCAAGGCCUUCCGGCAUUCCAAAAUUUCAAAGAUCGUUUCCGAGCGGUCGCCUGUGUACAGAGGUUAAUUAUAUUUUCUUUAGAAAAAAAUAAUUAAAUUAACAUUAAAAAAACCGAUAACUCUUCCAUUUUGUUUUAAUUUAUUUUUGGAAUGUGAAAGAAUCCAUGACGAAUUUUGAUCUUGCAAUGGUAAUAUUUCGAAUGCAACUUGGGAAGGAUUAUGUAUUGCAAAGCUGGUAAAUUCAGUAAUUUUAUUUUAUUACGCUCUA